AUGGCGGAGAUCGGUACCGCAGUUGCUGGCAGAGUGGUGGACUCGUUGUUUGAUAAGGCUAAGAAAGAGAUUGGUUAUAUAUGGAACUGCUCAGAAAAUGUUGAAAACUUUAAACGUGAAGCUAAAAAACUCGAAGUCAGAAGGGGGAAAGUUAAAGAACUGGUUGAUUUAGCCAUCGGUAAAGGAGAUAAACUCUCGUAUGGAGUGGAAGAGUGGGUGAAGGAAGCCGACACUGAGAUAUCUAAUGCAGACAAAUUUCUAAAUGAAGAAGCUAAUGCUAAGAAGACGUGCUGCAAAAUAGGUGUGUGUGGUAACUGGGGAACACUUCACCGUUACGGUAAGAGGGCAACAAAGAUGGCCCCUUCUCUACUUGAGCUCCACGAUCGUGGAAGCACUUACGAAAACUGUGUCUCUGUUGAAACUCCUGCUCCCGGACCGAUAGAUGUUUAUCAGAACAAACAUCUUGAUGAUCUUCAUACCCACAAGUCAGCUCUGGGGCAUAUCAUUAAGUCUCUUGAAGAUGACAACAUACAAAUCACUGGAAUAUAUGGGUUGGGUGGCGUAGGGAAAACGACAUUAGCCAUGGAAGCUGUUGCUAGAGUCAAGAAUAUGUUUGCUGAUGUUGCUUUUACAACUGUCUCACAGAACGUAGAUGUUGAGAAGAUUAAAAAAGAUAUCGGAGCAGCAACAAAGCGAAUAAUGAAAGGGGACAAGAUUUUAAUCAUUCUAGAUGAUGUCUGGGAGAAACUCAAUUUGGAAGAAUUGUGUAUUCCAUGUGGCAACAAUUAUAUGAAUUGUAAGAUCUUAUUGACAUCUAGAAGUCAAAAAGUGUGCCAUAAAAUGCAUGCUCAAAGUAAAGUUUGUGUAAAUGCUUUGCCAAUAAAAGAAGCAUGGAUUAUUUUCAAACGCAUUGUUGGUGAAAAAUUGGAGACAGAUUCCAAUUUGAAACCAGUUGCAUUGAAGGUUGUUGAAGAAUGCGGUGGAUUGCCAUUGCUUAUUCAAGCCAUAGGAAAUGCUUUGAAAGAUGAAAACAUCCAAUCCUGGAACUCGGCUCUUACUCAAUUGCAAAAACAUGCACCAUCAUCUAUUGAUGACGAGAUACAAAAAGCAUUUACUCAUUUGAAGCUUAGUUAUGAGUAUCUUAAAAGUGAAGAAGCCAAAUCGUGCUUCUUAUUGUGUAGUUUGUUCCCCGAAGAUCAUCAAAUUACAUUCGAAGAGUUGGUAUUUUAUGGGGUGGGUUUAGAAAAGUUUGAUAACUUGGAUAGCAUAGAGGAUGCAAGAGGCAGGGUUCAAAAUGCAGUGAAUAUCCUCACUUCUUCUGGCUUGUUAUUGAAUGUCAUGUCGGCAGGUGUUACCAAAAUGCAUGAUGUUGUUCGUGAUGUGGCAUUGUUAAUUGCCUCUCAAGGCAAUGAGAAGUUUCUGGUGAAAUCUGGGAAAGGUUUAACCGAAUGGCUGCCUUUAAAAUACAACAUAGAAAGCUACAAGGGAAUUGCACUCAGGGGUACUCACAUCAACAAACUACCUGAUUGUGAGGUUAAUUUACCACGCCUUCAACUAUUAGUGUUAAUUGGCAAUUAUGAUUUGUCAAUGAUUUCUGAUGAAUUCAUUCGGGGUAUGAAGAACGUAAGAGUUUUAGAUAUCUCUUGGAAUAAUAUCUCAUCCUUGCCACAAUCAUUUCAACUCCUCACAAAACUUCGUACGCUCGAUCUUGGUGGAAAUAAAUCUCUCCAUGAAAUUUCCAUACUAUGGGUGUUGAGAGACCUUGAGAUUCUAAUUCUAAAUGGAACUGGAAUCACUGAAAUACCUAAAGAGUUUGCCCAAUUAGUAAACUUGAGAGUGCUUCAAGUUAAAAACUGUGUCGAACUAUCUCGCAUAACACAGGGUGUUAUAUCAUCGCUUUCAAGAUUGGAAGAGUUAUGCAUUGACCUUGGGCGGAUGAGCGAAGGAGUUAAUGGUUGUACUGCUGAGAUUAUGAUGUUGUCGAAGCUCACAUAUUUGGAUCUAAAGGUUAAAAGUUUUGAUCUUAUUCCCGAAGGUUUUGAUACCAAAAAUCUCAAAGGAUUUAUACUUCAAAUAGGAGAUUUCAUUGGACGCCUUGGGUUCAACAGGGCAAAUUAUCUAAUUAUAUCAACUAGCCAUCUUGUGAUACCAUUAUCAAAGACUCUAAAGAAUUUGAUUGAGGUAAGUCCUACUAAUACAGUUCUAUGUGGAAUUGAAAAUAUAAAUAAUAUAUUGCCGACCAUGUAUGAUGAAGGUUUCAAUAAGGUGGGGUCUAUUGAGUUGUGGAAGUGCCCCAAUGUGUCAUGUUUAGUGGAUGAUAGUACAAAGUGUGAUGAGGAUGAAGGGAAAAGAGAGGAAAAGUAUUUCAAUCGAAUAAAAGUCCUCGUUUUGGUUCAACUAAAUAAGUUGAAGGUGUUAUGGAAAUGCCCACAUGAAUAUAUAACUCUUACUAACCUAGUCAGUGUUCACAUUGAAGGAUGUGGUAAGUUAGCAAGAGUAUUCACUGUGAGUGUAGCCCAAGGCCUUGUCAAUCUCAAAUUAUUGGCAAUCGUAAAUUGUUCCAGUUUAAAGGAAGUGAUUUGGGGUGGUGAUGAUGAAUCUGGUAAUAUUAUUGUGUUCCCUUCCCUUGACAUUAUAACUCUUAUGAAUUCAAGGAGACUCAAAAGCUUCUACUCAGGCGGGAAUGAGAACUGUAGCAUCAAAUAUCCAUCUUUGGUUGAAGUUGAAUUAAAGGACUGUGGGAGCAUGGAGUUAUGGGGACAUGGAAUCCAUGAAACACCCAACCUCCAAAGCAUACUGGAUUUGAGUAAUGAUGCCCGGCAAAGAUUACAUCUGGAGGGAGCUAAUGCCAUCAACGAUGUUAUUGGAAAAGCGCAUGAGAUUUGGACAAGAGAUAGCAAAAAGCAAAGUGACGGGGAAGAGAAAGAAGAUGAGAGUGAAGAGGAAGCGGAAGGAGAUGAUAGAGAGGGGGACAAUAAUGCUGAUGAAGAGUGAAUCAGAUGAACAAAUUUUCAUGAGGUUGAUUCUUUA